AUGUCGUUUCCUGUCGUCGAUGGUGUCGAGGUUGCGGUGCCGCCUCCGUCGGGGUACAGAGUUGACUUUGAGAACCCGCUGACUGAUGCGUCGAUGGUGAGGAAUGCGUAUUGGAUUUUUGGGCUGGAGUUUGCGAUAGCGACGGCGUUUUUGGGGCAGCGGAUGUAUACGAAUGCAGUGAUUUUGCGAAAAUUCUUGAUUGACGACUAUUUAAUUCUUUUCGCUUGGGUCCUUUCCAUUGCGGCUCAAUCAUGUCUUCUCAAUGCAUACAGUCGCAAACUACUCGGCGUCCACGCAUGGGAGAUGCCAAUCGACAGCAACACCCAAGCUAACCUGCUGGUCAUGUGUACAACACUGACAUACAUCCCGACGACUAUCCUCUCCAAGCUGACGCUCUGCUUCUUCUACUACCGCCUCUCGCCGUCUCUAUGGUACCAAUACUCAGUCUACUUCACCGGCUUCCUCUGCAGUGCUAGUCUCGUCGGCAUCUGGUUCAGUGUUUUGUUUGCCUGCAAGCCUAUCGCUGCGGGAUGGGAUGUGAGGAUGUCGGUUGGAGCUACUUGCAUCAAUCGUCCUCCCAUCUACAUCACCCAGGCUGCCUUUGGUUGCAUCACUGAUGUCAUGCUGCUGGUGUUGCCUAUUCCCACUGUUAUCGGUCUACAAAUGUCUACUCGACAAAAGCUUGGUCUCGUUGGUCUCUUUGCUAUCGGUUCCAUUACUCUCAUCACAUCCAUUGUCCGACUGGUUCUUCUUCUGCCGAGCUUGUCAAAUCCCGACCAGAGUUGGUCACUGGCAGAAGGUUGCCUCUGGGUCAUCAUUGAAGCCAAUCUACUCAUUAUGUGCGGCUCCCUCCCAACCCUUCGCGUCUUUCUCAAGAACGUCGCCCCUCGAGUCCUUGGCGACAAGAGCACCCGCAAAGGCAGCGAAGAGCAAAGUGGAAGCGCCAACUUUGGCCUCCAUACUUUUGGCGGUUCAAAUGGUCCGCGACGCAAGUUUGAUACGCUCGUGGAGCUGGAACAUGAUACUCACUUCAAUAGAGUGAGCUUGCGCCCUGAAGGGAUGGGUAAGACGGACGUAAACAUCUACAGUGGACGGUCGGAUGAGUCUUUGGAGAAUAACCCCACUGGGGAUAAUGAUAGCGAGGACGGGAUACUGCAGACACGUACUACGACUGUUCAGUAUACGAAUAUGUAG